AUGGCGGCGGUGGCCCUGGACACCAGCUUCCCCCGCUCCCCGCGGGGCGCCGUGAAGAUCGCCCGCGCGCUGGUGGCGCUUGUGGCGUUCCUCUGCUUCGUGGCCUCCCGCGCCCACGGGGCCUACACCGCGCUGGCCGUCAUGGAGGUGGUCAUCACGGCGCUGUUUUUUCUGCUGUACUUGCUAAAGCUCGAUAGAAAGCUGAGCUGGCUCUUCUGGCCGUUGGCUGAUAUUUUCAACUCGGCGAUUGCGGCGUUGUUCCUCCUCAUUGUGUGCCUGUUUGCGAUAAUAAUCAAGACCAACAAUGGGACACUGGCUGGAGGAGUGUUUGGUCUUGUAUUGCUUGUUCUCUGUGUUGUCGACGCGGUUCUUCUCUUCCAGAAGAUUAGCCUUGAUGGACCGAGAAGAGGGACUACACCUGCGAAAUGAGACUAGCAUUUUAGUAAAAGAACGAUGUCUCCAUUGAUGACUGCUUUACUGUUCUCUUCUAAAGAACUUGUGUUUUCAUGUGUUCACCUUUGAAUUUCCCGUUCAUUUAUGUGCAUUUUUGCAAGUAUUGUUCCUAAGUUUUCUUACAUUUACAAAUGUAGUUUCAGUGUCGCAAUUUCACCAGUAUAAGCGUCACAGAAAAUGGUCUUGUUUUUCUAAACUUAAUUAUGUUUUCACCUGUGUGAAAAUUGAUUUCAUAAUUGCCUUCUUUCUGUAAUAAAAAGAAAA